AUGACUGAGUUACAACCGACCGCUAGGCCUCCGAAGGCCCCCUCCCUACUGGCGUGUCUCCAGUGCCGCCAUAAACAUCUCAAAUGCGAUGGCCGGACUCCCAUCUGUAGCCGUUGUGAACAGAUUCAAUCCCCAUGCGAAUAUACCAAGUCACGAAGAGGCUACAAAGGUCCGUCGAAGAAGCGCCGCGCCAAUUCUCCCGACAAUUUCGUCGCUUCCAACGUCGGCUUGCUCGAGAACCCGGUAGAUUGGGGCUUGCAAUCUGCUUUCGAGUAUGCGCCAGCUGUGCCUUUGCCUUCCUCUCAAUCGACAAGUCCGGGAUUCCACGAACUUUCCCCGCCGAUUAUGCCAUCCGCACGCCCGAUGAGCGCACCACUGACCCCGGAGUCCUCGACGGCUGUGGGCGGAGAUGGCUACCUGCUCGAUAUCUAUUAUAAUUAUUUCCACGCUGCCCACCCGAUUCUCCCCCCACAUCGGCUUCUCAGCCGUAAUUUCUACCCCGCCUACCUGGAGCAAGUCAUGAAAUUCAUCGGCGCCCACUUCACGUCGGCCGCGUCUAGUGAUACCUACCGACCAACGGUCGUCUCGGCGGUCCGAGACCAAGUGUCGGCGGUGGAAAAGGUCCAGGCAUUGCUUCUGCUGGCGAUUGUGCUCCAUUCAGAUAACGAGCGAGCGGAGGCUGGUGUUUGCUUAGCAGCUGCAGUAGACACGGCCUUCGAGCUUGGCAUGCACCAAGGCAGCUUUGCGGCCAUCGCUAGCAAUGGUGACCCUAUCCGCGCUGAGUCGCUGAGGCGUACCUGGUGGGAACUGUUUGUCAUUGAGGGAAUGCUAACUGCCCUUGGCGUGCAACGCGAGUAUCGUACCAACAUGGUUCCGCUCGAGGUGGCACUCCCGUGCGAGGAGCGCAUCUAUCACGAGGGUCUGGCACCGCCGCCCUCACCGACCAUUGCGCAAUUCGAUGGGCGUGUAUUUGCCGAUGAGGACCGUGACUUUUCGUCCUAUUGUUAUCGAAUCGAAUCCAUUAGAAUUCUCGGACGUGUGGUUGCCAUGCAGGAGAUGACCGAAGGCCAGCAGGAUCUUGUCGAGGCAAUCGAUGCACGCAUUGGCAGUUGGGGCCACCACCUACCAGAGUCGAAGGAGGAGCUGUUGCGUCCCGACGGCUCAGUGGAUGAGAUCAUGUUCCAGGCGACCAUGAUCUUGAACGGGGCAGCCAUCUACCUGAACUUCCCACGAUCCGACCUGCUUUCCUCACCUGCCGUCGCCGCGGAGGUGAUUUGCGGCCACCAUGGCCCAAUCAGUGUACCUGCCUUCUCACACAACGAGCACGCGAUGAAAGCAUCCAAGGCAGCCCGGGAACUCUCUCGGCUGGCUGCCUUCCGUCUCCCAGUUAUCAAACACACCCCGUUCUUCAUCUGUGCGCUCACGCUGAGCUCCAUCGUCCAGUUAGCCUCUUGCUCUGUCAAGGCUGGCUCAAUUCCAGACCCCAGCCGUGAUCGGCUGGCGUUGACAAUUGGUGUGUUCAAGUCACUAGCGCGCACGUGGGCCAUCUCCCAGUCGAUUAUGCGACAGAUCAAAGCCGUUGCGCGGGACGUGAUGGAUCUCGGUCUUCGACCGACGAUGGACUCGCUUGAUCUGACUACCGUUCUGGACAAUAGUCAGUUCUGGGUGGAUCAAGGCCCCAGCUGA